UAUAAAGUAUGUGCCGUGUAAACUGGGACGUAUAUAGUCCACUGAAAGGCUAUAUAUUAUGAACUUAGAAAUGGCGAGCAAUUUGAAAAAAUCGAUCUAGUUACAUUGCCAUGAAAGAAGACGCUUUAAAGUGCGUCAAAAUUCAACAUCACGAUGAAGAAAAUGAAGAACAAAUAUUGAUUCCGGGCUUGCCAAAUCACUUAGCUCAUCUUUGUCUUUCCAAUCUUCACCCUUCACUUCUUUAUCGCGUUUGCAAAUCAUGGCGACGCCUCAUUUACACAUCAUUUUUUCCUCCUUUUUACUGUCUUUAUGUUGUAUGCUCUCGAAAUAGCAGUACUGCUGCUACUUCAACAUCAUACAACAGCAACAACAGUACUAGUACUAAUAAUAGUAUUAGUACUAGUACUGUGGAGUUUUUCUGCUUAGAUCCAAUUUCAUCUAAGUGGACUCCGUUACCAAAUCCGCCUACAUCAGAUCCACCAAUUCGCAUACUACGCCAUCAUCCAUCUUUUAUAUCAAGGAGUCUUUCAAUUCAAUCGUUAACUGUUGCAGAACGAAUGAUUCUUAUUGCUGCUACAACUCAUAAAUUUCUUCCGGCACUUGAACGGCCGUUGGGCUUCGAUCCUUCGUGUAAUAAAUGGUUUUUUGGCCCCAAUUUGCCCACACCGCGGCGAUGGUGUGGUUCGAGCGCUGUAAAUGGAAAUGUGUAUGUAGCAAGUGGUAUGGGCUCAGCUUAUCAUGGUGAUGUAGCAAGGUCUUUAGAGAAAUGGGAUGUGAAGGAGAAGGUUGAUCAAUGGAAGUGGGAGAAAUUGAAAGGGUUAAAAGAUGGAAGAUUUUGUAGAGAAUUUGUUGAUGCUAUUGUAUAUAGAGGGAAAUUAUGCAUGGUAAAUAUCAAGGGGCGUGCAGUAAAACAAGGUGCGGUUUACGAUGUAACAACAGAUGAGUGGGGAGAGAUGCCAAAGGGAAUGCUAGAAGGAUGGACUGGGCCAUCAUCAUCAUCAACAACAACAACAACAAUAAUUGAUGAAAGUGAGAUGUACGUAGUGGAUGAGACAAAGGGGUCAUUGAGCAAAUAUGUAUCAGAAACUGAUCAAUGGGAAGAGUUAAUUGAAUCUUGUGAUGAUUUGAAAGAAGCUGAGCAAAUUACUGUUGGAAGAGGACGAGUUUGUGUCAUUUGUGGCCGCGGUCGAUUGAUAGUUGUGGUGGAUGUUUCAGUAACGCCAGCUAAUGUGAUUCGAGUUGUGAGUACUCCGCCAGAGAUAGAGGCAAUUGCUUUACAUAUAUUGCCAAGAGUUAGUGUUUAAGAUUGAUAUAUGUAAAUAAUAAUAAUGUUGAUUGAUCAAAUUAUGGAAGAUACAAGUUUUGAUUUGUUUAACCUUUCUUUGAUUUUCCAAAAUUAUUUGAUAUUUGUGUUAAUGAAAGCUAAGGUAACAUGUGAUGU